AUACGUGCAAUGGCCUUUGCAAGUUGGGAAGAUGACUCUUUUGCAGCAAAUCCAGGAGGAGAUGAGCCAGGAGGAGAUGAGUCCGUACAUCUUGUUGCUCCUGGCAGUUAG